AUGAAAAGACUUCCAAUAAGAAACAUCCGAUUGAAGAUUAUUCAAAAUCCUUGUAGGAACAUCCAUUUAACAAAAUAUAGCUUUUGUAGUACUAGAAAAUAUGAACAUUUCGUGAAUAGAAAAAAUGAAGAUAAAAUAUUUACUGAACAACUUGAUAAUGUAGAAUUUGAAGAUGAUAUUUCACCUAGUCUCACCUUCGACAUUACCAUAGAGGAAGAAAAAUGGAAGAAUAAGGAAGAAAUGGAAUACAAAAAAUUUAUGAACAAAAUGAAAAGUGGUAUGUCUGUUGCUAGCUCUACUGGGAUGUUUAAUUGUAACUCCUUAGGAGAUGCAAAUUCUGAAGAUGUCAAUUUAAACAGUGGAAAAAAGAUUGAUGGUGAUGUGCAGAGCUAUCUGUGUGCAGAAGAAGUAAUAGAUGAAUCGUGUAUCAGUGGACGAGGGGAUGAGAGUCAGCACGCAUCGAAUCAGAAAACAGAUCAGGAACUUUUAAAGGAGCUAAUUUAUGAAAGUCAACAAAGUACCAAAUCAGUUAUAGAUUCAGUAAAUAUUGUAAAUAGGAAAAAAAAUAUCCUUUUUGAGAUGGAAGAAACAGAUAUAAACAAGUUCUUCAACCGGGUACAUGAAAAUGUGGAAAAUGUUGGUUGGAAUAACUUGAUUGGGUUAAUAAAUCUGCUUAGCGAAAAAAAUAUGAAAAAUAGAAUUAGAGAUCUUUCUUAUGAAGUUGCUAAAUUUUUGAAAUUUGAAAAGGUAAAGAAGGAAUGUGAAGAUAACAAAUUGAAAAUAAAAUUUUGUCUUCAUUAUAUAACAAUGUUGAAUAAAUAUUCUUUAUAUUUUUCUGAAUUUUAUGAUUAUUUAAUUAUAAAAAUUAGUUAUAUGGACACAGAUGCAUUGGUUUUAUUUGCAAAUGAAUGUUUUAAGCAUAGCUUAAGGACUAAGCAUUAUAUGGAUAAGCUAGUUCCUGUAUGUAUAACCAAAAUCAGAGAGUUCAAUCUUAACCAUUUGAUGAGCUUGUGGCAUUCCUUUCAUCGAUUCUGUAAGGAAUAUUCUAAUUUUUACGAUAUGUCCUUAGAUGUAAUGGUAAGUAAUGUUUCUAAAUUUGAUUUACAAUUUUGUCAACUCUUGUUGAAUAUCUCUGCAAAUUUUAAGCAUUCUCAAAGGUAUCUUAAUUUUAUUUCCCUUAUAAGCACCCACAUCAGUUCCCAAAUAAUAAAAUUAACUUCUGAAGAAGUGGGUUCGAAACGGGAUCAGCAGGAGCAGGAGCAGCCCAAGCAGCAUUUACAGACAAGCAAAACGGAUUUGUUAAUAAGGCACAACCAAUUUUGUCAUCCUGACCAAAGCAAAAUGUUCACACUUAACCAAAACAGCGUUAAGCACCACCCCAGAUGUACCGAAUUCAUGAAAGAAGAGCGAGAGAAGAGCAACGACCACAACAGCCAUAGCCCCAAAAACAGUCAGUGCAACCAGAACAAUCACAACAAUCACAACAAGCAGAACAAGCAGAACAAGCAGAACAAUCACGACAAUCACAACAAUCACGACAAUCACAACAAUCACAACAAUCACAACAAUCACGACAAUCACAACAAUCACGACAAUCACAACGUCAGGAUGGAUACACAAGUGGGGAAGAAGCCCACCAGUAGUGAUGUAUUCCAAAGCCAGAAGGAUGCAUACAAUAUGAUGGAAAAUUCCUACUUGACCUUGCAUGCACCAAAAGAACCGAAUGAACUAAAUUUGGGAGGGAAUGCCAUAGGAAAAGGAGACCAAACGAUGGGCUACCCAAUGAUGGGUUACGCAUCCCAUUAUGGAGAAGAAAAAAUAAAAAGAGUUAUAGAUGUCACAAAAUGCUUGAAAUACUUGGAAUAUAACAAAAGAAACGGAGCAGAAGUAAAAAAGGUAGUUAAUGACAUUUACGAGUUACUGAGCGAAAAUGUAGAAUACAUACGAUUGUUAGAUGUAGAAGAUGUAGUAUAUACGAUCAGCUGUUUCUGCACGUACAACAAAAGAAUCGUCUUAUAUAACAACCUGCUAGAUGUGCUAUGUGAAAAGUCAAAUGAACUUUUACAUGCUAAGAAUAUUUCCUUGUGGAUAUACCCAUUAAUAAGUUUAUCGAAAAUUUCCUGGUAUCAUACAAAUUAUUUACGUAAUUUAUUUGAAAAUGUAAAAGACAGUUAUGUGUUGAAUAGACUAAGUGUUUUUCAAAUGUUAAAAUUGUUGUCGUCUGUUGUGAAAAUGAAUAUAUAUGAUGAACAAGUGUACAAAAUAUUAAUAGAACAGAUUUUUAAAGAAUGGGAUAUAAUUAAAAAAAAACUCAUAGAUAUAGCCACCUUUUUAUGGUCUUGUGCAUAUGUAAACAUAAUUUUUAAACCAUUAUUUGAUAAUUCUUAUGUAUUACUUCAAGAUUUGUUAAAAAAUAAAUCAUUCAGCACAGAAAAUAAUGUUAUAUAUAAAAACUGUUUUGUGAAUAUUACUUGGUCUUAUAUAGUAGCAAAUUAUCAUAAAACUCAGGAAAAUUUUCAUGAAAUUUUAAAUGUCACUUUUAUGAACAGAGAUCCAAAUGAUUCUCAAGCUUUUAAACGUUUACACCAAAUUGCCGAUGCAUGCUUUAAGGAAAUUCCACAAUGUUUAGUACACUUUGAUUCUGUUGAUGUUAUGUACAAAUAUUGCAUGCAUGAAAAAUGUAAAAUUCUUAGAAGUGAUUUUAGUAUAUAUAAAAAAGAAAAAGAUGCUAUCAAAAUACGAAAUAAAAUAUUGAAUGAAUUAGUUCAAAUUCUGAAAAUUUUUAAUAUUUCUUAUGAUCUCCAUUUUGAGCCGUACCAUAAUUCUCCAUAUAUAAUAGAUAUUCUACUAAACGAAAAAAUGAAAAUUGGCAUUUGUCUCUUUGGAAAGGAACAUCUAAUGAGGACAAUUGAUACGUCUCACUGGGAUUACAUGAAUAGCGGAUUUGUUUCCUUACAGUUACGUGUUCUUAAUGCACACGGUUGGCAGAUCAUCCCCAUCAACGCAGGGCAUUGGCUUCAGCUGAACUUUGAGCAGAAGAAAACGUUUCUGCACGAAAAUUUCCAGAACCACUCUGUGCUCAUAUGA